CCUGCGGGCGGGCCGCCCCGAGGCUCACCUGCGCCGGACGGGCCGGACCUGCUGGGCGUCCGUCCCGCCGUGGCCGUACCCGCCGCGGAGCGGAGAGGACCGCUCAGGGGGACCCGGGGAAAUGGACUCAGUGACCUUUGAGGACGUGGCUGUGAACUUCACUCUGGAGGAGUGGGCCUUACUGAAGUCUUCACAGAAGAAACUCUACAGAGAUGUGAUGAGGGAAACCUUCAGGAACCUGGCCUCCAUAGGUAACAAAUGGGAAGAUCAUGACAUCAAAGAUCAGUACAAAUACCCGAAGAGAAAACAAAGAAGUCAUAUGUUGGAGAGAAUCUGUGAAGGGAAAAUGGUUAGUCCAUGUGGGGAAAACAUCAGCCUUGUUCCUGAUUUCAGUCUGAGGAAGAAACCUCUCCCGGGAGGAACACCGUGUGAAUGCGGAAUGUUUGACAAAGCCUUCACGGAUCAUUCAUCCCAGAGUGGUCACACCAGCUGUCACACCGGACAAAACUUCUCUGGGUAUCAGGGAUGUGGAGCGAAGCCAUAUAAAUGUAACGUAUGUGGGAAAGCCUUUAGUUAUCUCCAGUGCUUUGAAAAUCAUGAAAGAACUCACUGUGGAGAGAAACCCUAUAAGUGUAAGGAAUGUGGGAAAACCUUUAUGUGGCUCAAAAUCCUUCAAAAACACAUGACCAAACAUAGUGCAGACGCUCCUUAUCAUGGUAAGGUGUGUACCAAACCCUUUAGUUCCUCAGCUUCCCUUCAAGCAGGUGAGAGGACCCACUCUGGAGAAAAGGCCUAUCAAUGUGAAAAAUGUAGUAAAACGUUCAGGCAUCCCAGCCAACUUCACGUACAUGGAAGGACUCACAGUGCAGAGAAACCGUAUGAGUGUAGGAUAUGUGGGAAGACCUUCAAAUAUUUCAAAUCCUUAGAACCACACAAAAUGACUCACACAGCAGAAAAACCCUAUGCAUGUAAGGAAUGUGGAAGAGCAUUCAGACAUUCCAGCUCCUUAGAAAUACACCAAAGGUUUCACACUGGAGAGAAGUCCUAUGAGUGUAAACACUGUGGGAAAGCUUUCAGUUAUCACAGCUCCCUUAAAGGACACAUGAAAAUGCACACGGGAAAUACUCCUUAUCAGUGUAAGGAAUGUGGGAAAGUAUUCACUCUUGUCAGGUCCUAUCGAAAUCACGAGAGGUACCACACUGGAGCGAAGACCUAUCAGUGUGAAAAAUGUAGCAAGGCGUUCAUGUACCCUAGUUGUCUUCGAAGACACGAGAGAACUCACACUGAAGAGAAACCUUAUGAAUGUAGGAUAUGUGGAAAGUCCUUCAAAUAUUUCAGGUCCUUAGAACCACACAAAAUGACUCAUACAGGAGAAAAACCCUACGAAUGUAAGGAAUGUGGAAGAGCAUUCAGAUACUACAGCUCCUUAGAAAUACACAAGAAGUUCCACACUGGAGAGAAGUCCUAUGAAUGUCAACACUGUGGGAAAGCCUAUAGCUAUCCCAGCUCCCUCAAGGGACACAUGAAAAUGCACACUGGAAACACACCUUACCAAUGUAAGGAAUGUGGGAAGGCAUUCACUUGCCUUAGUUUGUUACAAAGACAUGAAAGAACUCACACUGGAGAGAAACCCUAUGAAUGUAAGCAAUGUGGUAAAACCUAUAAAGAUCACAAUAACUUACAAACACACGAAAGAAAUCAUACCGGAGAGAAACCCUUUAAAUGUAAGGAAUGUAGAAAAGCCUUCAAUUGUAACAAAAAUCUUCAGUUACACGUGAAAAGGCACAAUGGAAACAAACCCUAUAAAUGUGAAGAAUGUGGGAAAGCCUUUGUUGAUGGCUCAUCUUUACGAAGGCAUAAGAGGAUUCACGAAUAAAACCUAGUGAAUGUAAAUAGUGUGGGAAAGACCAGUUAUUCCUCUUCUUUCUGGAGGCAUUAGAGGACUCAUUGGAUAAAACCAUGAAGGCAAAGAGUGUGAGAAAGGUUUCAUUGGUCUCUGUAUAUUUUUUAAAUAUAUUUUUAUUUAUUUCAGAGGGGAAGGGAGAGAGAGACAGAAACAUCGAUGAUGAGAGAGAAUCAUUGAUCGGCUGCCUCCUGCAUGUCCCACAUUGGGGGUCCAGCCUGCAAUCCGGGCAUAUGCCCUGACUGGGAAUCAACCUAUGAUCUCCUGGUUCACAGAUUGAUGCUCAAACACAGUUACUCUGGCUGGGAUGGACCCACAUCUUUAUAUUUGAAAAUUCUCACUGAAAGGAAUAGAAAUGUAAAUAACCUGAUAAGGCUUGAUGUAAAUUAAUUUAUGUAUAAUGUUCUGGAAAAUGUUCAAGGUUAAAGAGUUGUUUUGAAAAUUGUAAAUAUUUUUGUUUACCAAGUUUAAGUGUGUUUUUAGGAUGUAGAUUUUUAAUAUUGUUGAACCUUGAACAACUCAAGGAUUAAGGACACCAACUGCCCACAUACUCCAAAAUCCUUGUAGAACUUAAGCCAUCCUUCAUAUGGUUUCCCAACCACACAUUGAAAUGGCAGUUCAUCUUUU